UGGGAGGAAUGGCCCGUAAAUGCAAUAUAGUGCGCUCACGUGGUAAACCAAUAUAAAGCACGUGAUUAUUACCGUUUUCCAACAGUAACUUUGACUCUAUGGUCAACUCCCUCCGACCAAAAAUACUGCUUGGUCGGAGAAUGCAAAACCCAAACGGUAGAUGAUGAUCCGUCUCCUCUUUCUCCCAUUAUAAAUCUAAAUCAGCAUCUCCUCCGAUUCUGCAUCCAUAAAACCAAACAAAAAAAAGAUCAAGAACCUUUCAUCUAAACCGAGAAUGGCUUCCUCAGUUUUGAGUCCUCUCCCGAUCUCGCUACACCCACAUCAAAAAUCCUCGCCGCCGGCGAAUUUCCCUGCGAUCCGGCCCUCUUCGACACGUAAAAUCACCGCCUCUGUUUCGCAGCGAACGGAUCUCGCGGUGGCGACCCGACCCGGAUCCAAACCCGGCAUGAUUCGGAUCCGGGAAGUACCAGGCGAUUAUGGUUUGCCGAUCAUUGGACCAAUCAAAGAUCGGUUCGAUUACUUCUACAACCAAGGAGCCGAAGAGUUCUUCAAAUCCCGUAUCCGGAAAUACAACUCCACGGUGUUUCGUGUCAAUAUGCCGCCAGGUAGUUUCAUCGCGGAAAACCCAAACGUCGUGGCGUUGCUCGACGGCAAAAGCUUCUCCGUUUUGUUCGACAACGACAAGGUCGAGAAGAAGAAUGUCUUCACCGGAACUUACAUGCCGUCGACAGAACUCACCGGAGGUUACAGAGUUCUGUCGUAUCUCGACACGUCGGAGCCGAACCACGCCAAGCUCAAGAACCUAAUCUUCUUUGUCCUGAAAUCGUCUCGCCACAGGAUCCUUCCCGAGUUUCGCGCCACUUACUCGGAGCUCUUCGAUGAUCUCGAGAAAGAACUCGCCGUGAAGGGCAAGGCAGAUUUUUCCGGCGCUGGAGAGAGAGCCGCGUUCGAAUUUCUCGCCCGAGCGAUGUACGGGAAGAAUCCGAAGGAGACGAGCCUCGGGGUCGACGCGCCAAGUCUAAUCUCGAAAUGGGUCUUCUUCAAUCUCCAUCCAUUGUUGUCGAUCGGUCUUCCGAAGCUUCUAGAAGAUUCCCUCCUCCACACGUUCCGCCUCCCUCCGUCGCUUGUCAAGUCCGAUUACCAGAGACUCUACGACUUCUUUGCCGAGUAUUCCGGCGAAUAUCUCGCGGAGGCGGAGAAAUUGGGGAUCUCGCGAGAGGAAGCGACUCACAACCUCCUCUUCGCCACGUGCUUUAACACCUGGGGAGGGAUGAAGAUUCUAUUCUCCAACCUCAUGAAACGGGUCGGACGAGCCGGGACCCGGCUUCAGACCCAAUUAGCAGAGGAAAUCCGAUCCGAGAUCAGAUCAAACGGCGGAGAACUCAAGAUGGCCGCGAUCGAGCGGAUGAAACUCACCAGAUCAGUCGUCUACGAGUGCCUCCGGAUCGAGCCGCCGGUGCCAGCGCAGUACGGACGAGCGAGGCAAGACCUGGUGGUCGAGAGCCACGACGGCGCGUUCAGGGUACGCGCCGGCGAGAUCCUCUUCGGGUACCAGCCGUUCGCGACGAAGGACUCGAGGAUCUUCGACCGAGCAGAGGAUUUCGUGCCAGAUAGGUUCAUCGGAGAAGAAGGGGAGAAGCUGCUGAGGCACGUGGUGUGGUCGAACGGGCCGGAGACGGCGGCGGCAACGACGGAGAACAAGCAGUGCGCCGGGAAGGAUUUCGUGGUUCUGGUGGCAACGCUGUUUCUGGUGGAGGUAUUCCGGCGAUACGAUUCGUUCGAUAUCGAGGUUGGUUCGUCGGCGAUCGGGAGCUCCAUUACUGUUACUUCGUUGAGGAAGGCGAGCUUUUGAGACAAGGGUAAAACCGGAAUUUGAAAUUUGUUCGCAGGUGUGUACGUAAGGGUGGUUUUUCAGGACGGGGGUAAAAUUGGAAUUACGUGUUCGCACUUACGUUGGUGGUUAUUAAUAUUAUUAGCAUGAGAAAAGUUUUGUAAAGUCAUUGAAUUGGUAAAACCGUACAAUAUAAUAGCAGCGAGUUUGUAGAAAUUAAUGGGUAAAAU